AUGGAGAGACUUUCACGUCAUGCUCAUCACUUGAAAAAAACUCACAAAAUACAAGCUCAAAAAUCAGAAGCAAAUAAAAAUGAUAAAAAACAAAAAAUCAAUGAAAUUAUAAGUGAGAUAGAUAAACCAAAACUAGACAAUGUAUUAGAUAAAAUGCACUAUCCAAAAGGCAAAAAUCAAGGCCGAAUCCUUUCCACCCAUUUGCAAGGCAAAGCAGCUGAAUUUAUAACAUGUUUAAUUUACAAACCAAACUCCUCUGUUGCAGCAUUAGCUAAAGAGAAUUCAAUUAUAAAAAAUCUUCAUGUUGCUCAUAUUAUUUUUACUACUUUUGAAGAUAUUGCAUUUGAAAAAUUGACAACUACUAUAGGAUUCAGUAAACAAUCUUAUCCAUUUAAUUUACUCUAUCUGGUAUGGGAACUUCAUAAUGGAUAUGAUAAGACUAAUAAAGAUAAGCCAUUAGGAAUGAAAGCUGAAAUAAUCUAUGAUCUUUACAAAAUACUUCUUAAUUUUGAUAUGAAUCAAUAUCAAAAACCAAUGCGGUAUGAUGCUCAACCUAGAAUUUUUAUCGAACAUAAUAAAUUUGAUCAGCUACCUUCAGGUCAUAGAGCUCACCAGAUGCCAGAAACAGUUUUAAGAUGGAUUAAAGAUCUUAAAUUUAUUGCUAAAAACAUACACGAUUUUUUUAUUGAAGAGUUAAUAGAGGCAACAAAAGUAUUAACAGAGCAACAAAUUGAAAAACUAAUUGGAAAUUUAGAACUUGCAGCAGAAAAAUCAUUGAAAGUUUUUCAAAAAUGGAUGAACUGUUGGCUUCACCUUCCUUUAAGUAUUUGUUAUCUUGGUGGAUCCUAUGGUCAUGAAUUUGCUAAAGCAUAUGCAAAUGUCGUUCUUGAUUUAUAUGGGUCUAAUGUUCCAACAUUACGACAAUUAGCAUAUAUGAAAUUCUUAGAAAGUGAUAUUGAAGAGGGCAUAACAAAUGAUUUUG